UCAAGAUGUAGGACGAAGUCUUGACUGUUCCCUACCUCGUAUCCGUCCAUAUUUUGUUUAAUUCCGUCCACGACAAUAUUGCCGAGAUGGGUAACAUUAACACUAACGUUACCUCUGGUAUGAAGGCUCAGGGGGACUCUAAAUCCAAAAGCCUGUACAAGUAUGUAGAUCUGAACGGAGGUGGAGAACUUGUGGAGCUGCAGAAAGAAGCGAAUAGAUCCAAGCAGUUUGACAAGAUAGAUGAGAAAAUACGAUCUGAUGAGAUCAAGGGAUUCUUAUACAAUGGCGGAGAUGGAAUGUUGGUAGAUAUUAACAAGUUGAUUGAAUAUCGAAACCGAGAUCGUGGUGGAGGAGGAAUCAGAGAGAAGAAACCUGGAAAGACUGUUGGUAAGUCAUCCGUUUCUGAUACCGUCAGCACUGGGACAGCCGCCACUACUCUCAGCGACAACGAUCUCCAGAUGAAUGAAAUUAAAGGGAAAGAAGUUAAAGUCACAGAUGAUGCAGAGCAGCGAAAUGGAUCAGUGAAAAUCAAUUCUGAAGGUGCACAAAAGAAAGAAAUGUGUUGGCGACUAGAUGAGCGUGGUACAGUUGGCGAAUCAAUAUUGCAUCUUUGCUUGCUAAAUGCUACUUCUGUUCAUGCUGAUCUUGCCAAAAGACUUCUUCAAGUAUAUCCCAAACUUAUCAAUGACAUUUAUGUCAGUGAGGAAUAUUAUGGUGAAAAUGUACUGCACAUGGCAAUUUCAAAUGAGGACCCUGCUAUGGUGAAAUUUCUUUUGGACCAUGGUGCAGAUGUUCAUGAAAGAUGCUGUGGAAAUUUCUUUUGUCCGGAUGACCAGAAAAAAACUAGGUCAGAUGUGUAUGACCAGGAAUGGGUGGAAGUCAGCCAGGAAACAAAUUAUGAUGGCCUGUACAAGUAUGUAGAUCUGAACGGAGGUGGAGAACUUGUGGAGCUGCAGAAAGAAGCGAACAGAUCCAAGCAGUUUGACAAGAUUGAUGAGAAAAUACGAUCUGAUGAGAUCAAGGGAUUCUUAUACAAUGGCGGAGAUGGAAUGUUGGUAGAUAUUAACAAGUUGAUUGAAUAUCGAAACCGAGAUCGUGGUGGAGGAGGAAUCAGAGAGAAGAAACCUGGAAAGACUGUUGGUAAGUCAUCCGUUUCCGAUACCGUCAGCACUGGGACAGCCGCCACUACUCUCAGCGACAACGAUCUCCAGAUGAAUGAAAUUAAAGGGAAAGAAGUUAAAGUCACAGAUGAUGCAGAGCAGCGAAAUGGAUCAGUGAAAAUCAAUUCUGAAGGUGCACAAAAGAAAGAAAUGUGUUGGCGCCUAGAUGAGCGUGGUACAGUUGGCGAAUCAAUAUUGCAUCUUUGCUUGCUAAAUGCUACUUCUGUUCAUGCUGAUCUUGCCAAAAGACUUCUUCAAGUAUAUCCCAAACUUAUCAAUGAUAUUUAUGUCAGUGAGGAAUAUUAUGGUGAAAAUGUACUGCACAUGGCAAUUUCAAAUGAGGACCCUGCUAUGGUUAAAUUUCUUUUGGACCAUGGUGCAGAUGUUCAUGAAAGAUGCUGUGGAAAUUUCUUUUGUCCGGAUGACCAGAAAAAAACUAGGUCAGAUGUGUAUGACCAGGAAUGGGUGGAAGUCAGCCAGGAAACAAAUUAUGAUGGUAUGCUGUAUUUUGGGGAGUAUCCCCUGAGCUUUGCUGCCUGCCUUGGCCAAGAAGAAUGUGUUAGGUUGCUUGUGGCUAAGGGAGCUGACCCAAAUCUUCAGGACACGAAUGGGAACACUGCUCUUCACAUGAUUGUUAUUCAUGAUAGAAAGAACCGCCAUCGUAUUGGAAAGUGCAGCUCUCAGGAUAUGUUCGAUCUGUUAUAUAAUUUGAAAGAUAAGAAUAAAAACAGAAUAGCAGAACUUCAUAUUAAAAACAACCAGGGACUGACCCCUCUUACUCUGGCCGCAAGACUAUCAAGAAAAGAUAUGUAUGAACACAUUCUGGAGAUAGAGCGUGAAGUCUACUGGAUGUAUGGCAAUGUGACAUGUGCAAACUACCCACUACAGGACAUAGACACUAUUGCACCUGAUGGCAGAAUCAAUCCCAGAUCUGUGUUGCGUGAAGUUGUGUAUGGGAAACUUCCUGGUCAUAUUGAUAUGAUGGAUGGAGUUGUAGCAAACUUACUGGAUGAGAAAUGGAAAACUUUUGCGAGAUACAGGUUCUACCGCCGAUUCCUGAUGUUUUUCUUGUAUUACGCGAUUUUGGUGGUGGCCUUCAUGCUGCGUCCAGGGGCAGACACUAUGCCCACACAAGGUCCUAAUGGCACAAAUAUCACAAACCCUUGCUAUCUUGGCUUAGUCAGGAAACCAGAGGAUUAUGCCCGUUUCGUGUUUGAAGCUCUUACUCUAGCAGGUGCCAUAUUGUACUUGUUUCUGUCAAGUCGGGAGACAUAUCAUGUUGGAAUCCAUGUAUUUAUUGAGAGUUUGAGAAGUGCACCAACCAAGGCUUCAUUUCUGCUGUCCUGCGUGGUUAUAGUAUUUCUUGUUCCUGGGAGGAUAGCAUGUGCUCCUGGUUAUGAGGAUGUUAUGGCAGUUUUUGCAGUAUUGCUGAUCUCUUUAUAUUUUCUUUUCUUCUGCAGGGGAUUUAAGAUAGUGGGUCCAUUUGUUGCAAUGAUCUAUAAAAUGAUCAUAGGGGAUUUGCUGCGAUUCUUUACCAUAUAUUUGGUUUUUGUAAUGGGAUUUUCUCAGGCCAUGUAUAUUGUAUACCGUGGGACUGAUGAUCCCAUCUUCAGCCACUCUACAGAGUCCAUAAUGGGAAUGAUCAUCAUGUCUUUAGGAGAGUUUGGUGACAUUUAUGAUUCAUUUGAUAACACACUACAUCCAAUAAUGGGAAAGGUUUUAUUCUUUGUAUACAUGGUCCUGGUGACAGUAUUACUGGUUAAUAUGCUCAUUGCUAUGAUGGGGAACACAUAUACUCUGAUCAACUCGACCCAGAAAGAAUGGUUGAGACAGAAAGCUCACAUAGUCCUGGUGAUUGAACAGAGCGUGACCACAGAAGAGAGGAAGAGACAACAGAGGAUUUACUCCCAGCCCAUGGGGGGUGACCGACGGGCACUGGUGGUCAGGUGGCAUCAAUCUGAAAAAGAGAAAAAGGAGUUAUUGCAGCUGAGAGAAAAACAUCGUCUCCAGAAGCAGUCUAAACUGGCAAGAAAGAGAGAUGGACGAAUCCUGGUGGUCAGUGGGAGUACUACUUUAAAUGUACUAGAAGCUGAGCAGGGCUUAGUUAACAUUUAAUAUCGUUACAUCCAAAUGCACCUGGAUAUUUUAAAGGGACUAUCUAUCAGUAUCAGUUUUUUCUUAUUUUAAAAACCAUCCGUCUUUGUGUUCUGGUUAACACAGAUAUGUUUAGAUUAAAUUUUGCCACAUGUUGUGAAGAAUGAAAAGCAGGGACUAUUUGCUACACACUGUGAAGAAGGAAGAGCAGGGGCUCUUUAUUGAUCUUUCUUCCAUGAGGAUGUACAUUAGAAUACAUGCAUUAUACAUGAAAAAUUGUUGUUGAUAAUGUGCUUCUGUGAAGUAUUCAUGUUGGUUAAGUAAUUGUAAUCUCAUUGAUGUGUAGUAUAAAAUAUGACUUAAACAGCAACAUGAAAAUUGAAGAGUGAUGUACAUGGAUCAGAAUAUUUGUCUUGAUUAAUCUCUUCACUGAUGUACAUUUGGAAAAUGUAAGUCAAAGAAUCUCAUUGGGGGGAGUUUGAAUCUUGUGAAGUGUCCAUUUAGUCGAUAUACAAAGAAAAUGAAUUAUUCCAGUCCUGCAACUUGAAGAUUGGGUCAUCACCAGAGCAUUACUAAGCUAUACUUCUUUUUAAAAUGCAAAUUUCUAAAACAGGGAAAACAGUAUAAUGAGUGUGGUUUAACCAAGAAAGUAUAUUAGAGUAUAACUUCUUAGUAUAGCUAAUUAAAUUGAAAAAAAUUAUAGAGCUUAUGAGCAGACUGCUGAAACACACUUUAUAUACAAUUUAAAUACUGCCUGUUUUCUGAUGUAUACAGUUGUUAAAUCUCAUCCUAAGAAACAUGCAACUGUUCUCAAAUAGUGUUUUACAAAGAACUCUUUAUGUUGUUCUAUAGCAGCAAGUGGUAUUAAUGUAAGGUUCAAUUUUGCACUGCCACAAAAUAAAUGGUUAUUUCCACUGA